UACAAUUGGGCAGCCCAUCACUUCUAUUCAGCCCAAUAACCCCCUUUUUCUUUUACUAAAUCUUAAAUUGAUAGAGAGUUGGCGGCGAGUGCGAGUCCCCACCCUCCGGACUCCGGCUGACUAUUAGGGUGAGUGGGAGUGAGAGUGAGAGUGAGAGCCUCCGGACGGACGCUAUAGUUGAUUGAUACACAGACACUAGUUGUGAUUUGGUUCCUCACAUCACUUUUAUAAUACUUGCUAAUGUUGCUAUCUUCACACUCACUCACCUGCUGCUGCCUCUCACCCGUUUGAUUAUAUUCCUCUCUCACACAUAACUACUACUUCCAAUUUCCCAACUUUUUUAUACCACCGCUAUAUAUGCUAGCUGCUAACUCCUAACUCCUAACUCUUCUUCCUGCUUUUCUUUUCUUCAAGUAAUACUAUUAGUAAUAAUACUAAUAAAUGGAUUCUGCGGAUGAGGUCCCUAUUGGGUUGCUUCAAACUCUUCCACCCGUUGAGUUUUGCUGUGUAUAUGGCUCCUCCCUCCACCCAAACAAUUCUCACAUUCACACAUCCAUGAUAGACUACAUUCUUGGUGUCCCAGAUCCCCAACAAUGGCACGCUCAGAAUCUCAACAUGAAUCGCCAUCAUUAUGCAUCAUGGAUGGUCCACCUUGGUGGAGCGCGCCUGAUUACUGAAGUCGCAGAUGACAUUGGUGUUGGCGUGCACUUCAAUCCCUAUGUCUCUCACAAGAAUCGGAUGUUCAAGUACGGUGUUGUGCGGAUGCAUGAUCUUGUUCAGGACAUUCUGGGGUGGGACAAGUUCUAUCUGAGUGGCCGUCUUCAGAAACCUGUUAAUGUCAUAGUGGAUAACUUGGAAAUAAAAAAACUCAACUCCGCGAAUUUGAAAGCUGCAACUUCUGCUGCACUCCUCCUUUUGCCGUCAGAGUUUAGUGAGGAAGAGUUGUAUGCCAAAAUAUGUAGCCUAUCAUACAUGGGUGACCUGCGAAUGCUUUUUGCAGAGGAUAAAAACAAGGUGAAAAAGAUUGUGCAAGGACAAUUUAAGUUAUUCAAAACAAUGUAUAGACCAAUUUUAGAAGAAUUUGCUGCACGGGACUUGUUCAGAAUAUCAUCUUCUGUUGAUCAAAAAGUAAACAUAAUUCAGGAUUGUGGAUUGUCUACCGCAUGCUCCCUUGUGUCUUCUCUUCCUUUGCCACUCAGAAACCAGAUGGGAAUAAAGCUUGGAGAGAAGAAAGUAUUUGAUGAAUCUGGUCGAGCCGUACGGAAAGUGGUAAUUAAGUCUAAGGAGGAGGCUGCAGAUUGCAUGCGGAAGAUUCUGAGACAAAAAGUUAUGGUUUCAAGUGCAAGACAGGCUGUUGCUGGUCUACUGACUGUUGGUGUAGUCCAUGGAUUAAGAUACGUCGGAAGUAAAAUGCACAAGGCAUGGAAGUCAUGGUGGUAAUACUUUACACUAUAUAUUUAGUGGUGUAGAAUGACUUCUUGUGAAUGCAAUAGUUAUAAAUGGAAUGCGGGAUUACAGUUUUAGUUCAGUUGCUGCUAAUUGUUUAGGAAAUUGAAGCAAAGGAAAAAUUAAAGAAAGGGGUUCCCUACUGCUAGAA